AUGUCUGUCUCUACAGCCAUUCAGAUCUAUCGUCUGCUGGCGUGUAUCUUGCUCUCCGGAUAUGCCGUGGGAACUGGAAUCAAGGAGGCAGCAGCUGCGCUCAAUGGCUUGAUGCUUGCCUACGACGACUCCACUGGGCUAUGGGAUUUGAGCGACCCCGACGCCGCGUGGUGGCAGAGCAGUGUCGCUCUUCAGGCAACUUUGGACUUCAUGACCGCGAGUGGUACGCGUGAACACUUGCCGUAUGCCAACUAUACCAUCAACAUGCAGCGUGCGCCACUGGCGUGGUGGCCGCAAGGGGGAGGAGACUUCCGUGCCGAGAGCACCGACGAUACUGGCUGGUGGGCCUUGGCUAUGACCAGCAUGUACACAUUGACUGGCGAACGGUCGUUCCUGGACAUCGCCUUGGAGGACGAGGCUUAUAUGGCCCAGUACUGGACCCUCUCUGAGUGCAAUGGGGGGCUAAUCUGGCGAAUUCAAGAUGUGUCCUACAAGGCUGCCAUAAGCAACGAGCUGUACAUCGAACUAACCGCGACAUUACACAAUAUGAUCCCCUGGGAUACCACGUCCCUCAACAGAAGUCUGGAUGCGUGGGACUGGUUCAAGGAUAGCGGCAUGAUCAACAGUGGUUGGCUGAUCAAUGAUGGUUUAACGAAGGCUGCGAACGAUUCCUGCAUCAAUAACAAUGCUCCCACCUGGACAUACAAUCAGGGAGUCGUUCUCGAUGGCUUGGUUCAGCUCUAUCUUGCGACAGGAGAUGCCCAAUUCCUUAUCUUCGGGCGCAAAAUCGCUGGUGCUGUGCUGGCAAGUGCCCAGCUUUCCCCGGGGGGCAUUCUGACGGAGCCAUGUCCACUCGAAGGCUGUCCCGAUGGAAAUGCGGCGUCGUUCAAAGGACUCUUCAUCAGAAAUCUUGCGAAACUCAAUGCUCACCUCCCCGAUAGGCCCUACAGCCUCUUUCUCUCAACUAAUGCCAACACAAUGUACGUCAACGCCCGCUCAAGCAGCGCUGGCGACACAGAUCUAUACGGCAUGCUUUGGCAGGGUCCCUUUGAUAAAACUUCCAUCGGAAGGCAACAGAGCGCCGUCAUGUUGCUCGUAGCAGCGCUUGGUGUGUAG